AUGACGGACGUGUCGUCCACAACUGUCAUAGCAUCGACAAGACAUCAUGACAACAGAGGUGGCCCACCAGCUCCCCGGUCGUCUACGAGUCGACACAGUGUGUCGCCCGUGCUGCAGUUCUGGAAAGCGUUCGAUCUCGACAGUAAGCGCGUGGUGCUCGAUGCACAGGGGAGUACGAUCAAGAGCGAUAAAGACGCGAGUGUGCGCUCCCGCAAGAAACUGGCAGAGACGACGCGACAAUUCCGACGUUUGGCGUGUGAUUCUGAGAAGGCUGCGGCUCUGGGGCCGCUUUUGAAGGCGUACCAGGAGGAGAUCGACCAUCUCACGCGUCGAGCCAAAUAUUCCGAAAAUGCGUUUUUCCAGCUGUAUAAGGGACUCUAUGCUGCUCCGGAUCCUGCACCAGCUCUAUCGCUCGUGGCCUCGGGCUCUGAUACCGAUGACUUGCGCAUCGAGAACGCGAAAUUGAAGCGAGAAUUGAAAGACUUUGAAGCCGAGUUUGCGACGCUGAAGAAUCAGGAUAUCACGAUCCGGAAUCUCGAAGAACAAGUUGCAGCUGCUGCAAGGGAACAGGAAGACGCGAUCCAUGAGCAAGUGAUGCAACGGACGAGAGAACUGGAAAGUCAGCUGGAAAAUGGACGUCUCGAAUGGGCACAACAGCGACGAGACUAUGAACGUCGAUUGGAAACUGCUCGCGAUGAGCUACAGGACGCUUUCGUGAGACUGGAUGCCAUGCAGUCGGAGCUGUUUGCACACAAGCAGCGGUCAGGACGGGCUCGUAAUGCACUGGACGCCGAAAUGGAAGCGAUGUCGCAGGAAUCGCUCUUGUCACAGACGCUGCAGUUGGAAAAUGCCCAAUUGAAGAAACAGCUUGAUGAGCUGCUCAGUCUUUCGACGACGUCGGAGACCUCGGACGGGCACUCUUCAGUGCUGCCAAGAGCUGGUACAGCUAGAGGUGAGACCGUUCAGGCGGGCAGGGAGAUGCAGGCAGAACAGGAAGCAGUGAUUGCGUUGUUGCGACAGGAAGUGUUUCGUCUCAAGGAGGCCCUUGCGACGUCAAGUGCAGCUGCAGCCGAGGAUACAAAGCGACUAGAAAGCGCUCUGGAGAGUGCGCAGCGUAGUAUGAAGGAUCUUGGAGCCCAGCUGGCAGCUCGCCCGACGAUCGAGAAGUUUCACGAGGUGACCCGGAAGCUGCAUGUGUUGCAGCAGCUGGAGUACAAUGUUGUCGACAGUGAUGAUGGUGAUGGUGAUUGUGAUGAUGUUGGAGGAAGCAACGUGCACGCUGCAGACGCAGCCGAGAACAGUGAAGCUGUGGGUGGACUGCAGGCGGCUACUGUUGAAGUCGAAAGAAUACUCGUGUCUCGAGUACGUCGCCUGGAGCACUCACUCCAAGAGUGCGAGAGAUUGCUGCAGACUCGAACGUCGUCACUGCAGGAGGUCCAGAGUGCUCUUCACGACCGCGACGCUAAGAUCCAAGAGCAGGCGACGCUCAUUCGCAACCUCGAAGAAGGUGUAGCUGCACUCGAGAAAGCUCAACGAACUCGUGCUUCGGGUGUUAUUGGGGGCGACAUUGGGUCCGAGAUCCUCUUGGAUGCGAUGGAAGAUCAAUUUACUGGGACCUCGAGUGCGAGCAGGGCGGCAGCAGCAGAUGCCACGUCUUCGAUCUCAGCCACAUCGUCGGACAGCAAGAUGCUAGAGAUUGUCCGUGGCCAGCGCGAUCGGUUUCGCGAGCGCAUGAAGGAGUGUCAGGGCGAGAAAAAUCGCGCAGAAGAGCUGGCGCAGUCGUACAAGAGCACGGUGGCCCGUCUCGAGAAUGACAACAUGCAGCUGUACCACAAGAUCCGCUACUUGCAGAGUUACGGCGGCGACAGCAAGUCGGCUACAUCUCGCAUGAAGCCUGGCUCCGUCCUGGCGCUGGAAGAUGGAACUGCAGGGACGUCUGACGUGGAAGCGCGGUACCGUGGCAUGUACGAAGCCAAAAUGAAUCCGUUCGUGCAGUUCAACAAGAUGGAGAAGCAGCAGCGUUUCACGAAUCUCAAUCCCGUGGACAAGAUCUUGCUGACAAGUGCCAAGCUGCUGCUGGCCCACCGCAUCACGCGCAACAUGGCGUUUGGGUACAUCUUGCUGCUCCACUUUCUCGUCCUAGCCACGCUCUAUUCCUUCAUGCACGUCUGUGAAGUCACGAACGACUCGUGA